UAUAUGUUUUUAUCAAGUAUUCUUCUUCCACUAUAUUUUAUAAAGCUGAACAACAUUGUAAUAAAAAAUGACCACGCAUGUUGUUCACGUGGUAUAAAAUUAUUGGUAUUUGGAUAUAAUUGGGGUUAAUCAAAGAACUAAAAAUUCUAUAAGUAUAGUGUCAACAUCGUAAGAAAAUCUUUUCAGAUAAAGUAGAAUAUUGAAACAAGUAGAGUAGAAUAUUUUAUACAUAAAAUAUAAAAUAUAAAUUAUUUUCAAAUUAAAUGUAUUCAUAUAAUAUAGUGUCUAUUAAAUAUAUAUGGACAAAUGUUUGUUAACCAUUAAGUUGUGAUACGAAACAUAAAUGACCUAACGUAGAUAUAUUGCUGUCGUCAUAAGUCCGAAGAUAUUUCAUAUAGACUUUGUCUAAAGAUAUGAUGAAAUAAUUGCAAUUUUAUUAAAAUGUGGAAAUACUGUGGUAUUUACAAUGUAUUGUGUAUUAUAAUUACUAUUGUAUAUGGACACGAUUUCAGAAGUUUCGAUGAUACAGUUCUUUUUAAAAUUAAUUGGCCAGGCAAAGGUGGCUCGGAUUUAUUAGAAUCUAGACAAAAUGUAGAACCUUAUAUUAUAACGACUGCAAAUAAGGAACGAUAUCAAUGCUUAAUUGUUGAUAAUUCAGAGCAAGAACAAGAUUAUAAUGAACCAUAUACUGGACCAAAUCCAACAGAAAUUUUAUCACUAUUAUUUAAACAAAACACUUGUUCUUAUAGAGUUGAAUCUUAUUGGUCAUAUGAAUUGUGCCAUGGACGAUAUGCACGUCAAUAUCAUGAAGAUAGAGAUGGAAAACAAGUAAAGACUCAAGAAUAUUAUUUGGGUAUUUUUGAUAAAUUACAAGAGGUAAAGUUUUUAGCUGAAUAUGCAGAAAAAGAAACACAUCCUACUAAAAAAGCAAAUAUACCAGUAAAAAAAGUUGAUGGAAUCAAUAUGCCAUAUGUUGAAAUUGAAAUGAUUGAUGGCACUGUUUGUGAUUUAACUAAUAAGCCAAGAAAGAUAAAAGUUUUGUAUGUUUGUUAUCAGCAUGGUAAACAUGAAUUAUUUUCAUUAGAAGAACCUUCUAGCUGUGAAUAUGAGGUUAUUGUCCUCUCUCCUUUGUUAUGUAGUCAUCCUGACUACAAACCUCAAGCUACAGGCGAAAAUGAAAUUAAUUGCCAUCCACUUGACAAUGCUCCAAAAAAGCCAAGAUCUCUUGUUGCAAUGGAAAUGGAAAGUCUAAAACUUCGAUAUCAAAAAGUAACGGAUGACAAGCUGCAGAAAGUCUAUGCAAUCUUCCAUGUAGAUAAGGAGGGCCAGGAUGGAGAAGCGCGUGUUAGAGUUGAAAUACAUCCCGUUGGGGUUAUUGAUAAACAUAAUAACAUUGAAGAUUCUAUAAAUUCAUUAACAGAUCAAGGUAUUAGCCCAGCGGAAGUAAGUCCAGUAAAGAACUUUUUAAGUGGAAAAAAUUGUUUACAUGGGGGCAAUGGAUGGUGGAAAUAUGAAUUUUGUUAUGGACGUUCUGUGGUUCAAUAUCAUAUUGAACGUGAUGGUAAAAAAACUAUAGUAAAUCUUGGUAAAUUCGAUAAGCAAAAACAUUUGGAAUGGAUUGCUGCACAUCCACAUAAAAAACCAAAGGCUCCAGAAUUACGGAAACAUCUUUCUCAUUUCUAUAGUGAUGGUACUAUUUGCGAUAAGACUGGCAAUCCGAGGCAAACGGAGGUGAAAUUAAAAUGCGUUGAAAGUCAUACAGCUAGUCCAUCCAGCGUUUCUCUAUUUCUACUUGAACCAAAAACAUGCGAGUAUGUUUUAGGUGUGGAAUCACCAUUGAUCUGUGAUAUUUUAGAAUACGCCGAUGAAAAUGGACUUCUUAGUGAAAAAUUUGAAGUGAAUUUUGAUAAAUUAAAGACAACUGCUUUCCAUGAAUACGACGAUUUGGAUGAAAGGAUAGCAAACGGAGACGAUUAAAAUAAUAUUCGAUUAAUAGAUAUUAGUUGUUAAAAAAAUUUUUUUUAAUGAUAAAAGUGACAGUAUUAGGGUGUUGGACAUUUGCAUUUCAGUUAUUAUAUAAAAAAUUUCAAAAAUUUUAUUUUUACAGACUCAGUUUAUAUCAACAUAAAAGCGUCAUGCAAAGUUUUCAGAUAUUUUACAAUAUAUAUGUAAGCAUAACAAUUCUUUAAAAUAUAUAAUGCGAUCGAUACAUUAUCGCAAAUUAUUGCGCGACGAAAAUUGUAACGUUUGCAAAAGUUUUUUCACUUUGUAAAAUUUUAAAAGAAAUAAUUACAAUCAUCUUAUGUUAA